GCUAUCGCUGCAGUUGCGAAAGGUCAAUUCGACGAAAUACGUGUUCCAACUGAGAAACCUCAGCAUGGGGAGGUUCUUUUGAAGGUAGAAUAUGCGUCGAUGAUCGCCUUCGACACGUAUGUUACAGACCUGGGAUAUGCAACUGACACUUUCCCCACGGUUCUUGGUUUCAAUGCCGCAGGGACUGUCGUCGAGCUUGGACCAGGUGUUGAUGAUCUCAAAAUCGGGGACAGGGUCACUGCAUUUGCUUACCAGGGCUCCCGAUCCAAAGCCAUGCAACAGUAUUCUAUUCAGUCCCGAACAGUCUGCGCAAAGGUGCCUGACUCUAUGUUGUUGGCGGCCGCCGCUACGAUACCAGAUAACUUUGUCACGGCGUUCCAUACACUCUUCAACGAACUUGGACUUCCUGUCCCAAAGACAUUUCCCGCCCUCGAAUCUCCUCCUCUUUCUUCUGCUCCAAUUCUGAUCUAUGGUGCUGGAUCUACGGCUGGCCAGUAUGCCAUCCAACUUCUUCAUUCCGCCGGGUAUAAAAACGUCAUUGUCACUGCCUCCUCGAAGCACCAUGAAUAUCUGACCUCGCUCGGUGCUACUGCAACCGUCGACUACCAUAGUCCUUCGCUUGCCGAGGACAUCGCGAAAGCAGCUGGGGGCGAUGGAAAAGUCAUGCUUGCCGUAGAUUGUAUUACUGCUGAGGGAACGAUAGCUGAAGUUGCGAAGGUGAUAAGCUCGACAGGUACGGUGGCCUUGCUUUUACCUGUGAAGGAGGGAAACAAUGUUCGAGGGGAGGGAGGUUCCCAGAUGUAUAUGGAAAUACCUGAAGGCCGGAAUCCGUUUCCGAAAAGCGUGAAUGUUCGUGGUGUGCGCACGUUCCUAUACCAAGAAAAUGUGUUCCAGAAAGAGAAUGUGAUGCCUAAGAUUCUUCCUGAAUUACUGGAGAAAGGAAUCAUACAGCCUAAUCGGGUUCAUUUACUUGAUCAAGGCAGUUUCAAGGAUAGGGUAGCUGUGGGAUUGGAGCUAUUGAGACAUAACAAAGUCAGUGGAGAGAAAGUGGUGGUUAAGAUUGACGUUUAA